AUGGAGGUAACUCGAGGAAACCCAACCUCAUUCCUGACCGGCAAGUCUGUUCACAAUCAACGCAUCGAAUGCCUCUGGAAGGACGUGCAAAGAAAUGUCGGUAGAAUAUUUCGCGCCAGCUGGCGCGCGCUGGAACAUAACGGAGAUUUAUCCCGUGACAACGAGUUGCAGAUGUGGUGUUUGCACUACAUAUACCUGCCCCUCAUUCAAAUGUACUUGAACGAGUUUGUAGGGAAAUGGAAUCACCAUAGUAUCAAGGGUCCCUAUACAAACGACCGAACCCCGCGACAGCUCUGGAUUGAGGGCAUGGAAAUGAAAAGGUUGAGCGGAGAUGCCUCUCUCGACGCCGAUGUAUUGCAUGUUGCCAAUGAACUCAAAGGGCAAUGGGAGGACUAUGGGGUGGGGAAUUACGAUGAGGACAGUGAUGAAGACGAAUAUGACCAUGUUAAAGUGCAGAAGAUACAGGGCCCCGUAACUCAAGGACAGUACAACCUCCUCCGAGCUACAAUCCCCGCGGGAAUCGUCGAAGACACCCACGGUGGCCUUCGUCACUCAUAUGAUAGAGAAUGGCAUUGCAGCAUAGUCCAAAGACUUUGCGUGACAUGGUAG